AUGCCGCAUCAGACCAAUUCAGGUCCACCUCCCCAAUAAAUGGCGAUGAUGCAGCAACAGCAGCAAAUGAUGCAGCAAUAAAUGAUGGCAAUGCCAGAGGAUAUGAUUGGAGCUAUAAAAAUCAAAGAUGGCCUUUUCAUAGGUGAUGAGUUCGCAGCCUAGGAUUUAGAGUUCGUUGUCGCUAAUAAAGUGAGUCAUAUCAUAAACUGCGCUGGAAGAUAAAUACCUAAUCACUGGGAAGCCAUAGGAGUAGUUUAUUUAUCAUUUUACUGGAUGGACCAAGAAAACUAAUUAUUGUUUGACCAGAAAGAUUAAACAACAAAGGAGAUUUUUGAUUUUAUUGAAUCAGCUGUCAAGAAGACAGAAUCAGUCUUAGUCCAUUCAGUGAGAGGCUAGAGCAGAGCAGCUUCAGUGUUGGCUGCUUAUCUUAUGAGGAAGUAUAGGUGGUCUCUUUUGAAGACCUUAGAGUUUCUUAACUCUAGAAGACCCGAGCUUGAGAUUAGAGGAACUUUUAUUCAGCAGCUCCAAGACUAUGAAUAAAGACUAAUUAAGCAGGGUCUUGGCCCGCUGUCUGCAACUUGGACUGAAAUCUCAAUGAACAAAGUACCAGGGGGCAAUAAUGAUGCACAGCACGAAGAGCUUAUAUUGAGAAAUACAUUCGUCAAUGCUUAGAUGGGGCCCAUUGCUUAGUAUUUGGGAACUAUUGGCUAAAACAUUUAGAAAUCUUUCCAAAUCAAAUGGAUUGAUGAACAUCAUCAGAAUAAAGCACCGCUUGCUCAAGAAAUGUAUGAUAAACCCCACUCCUAGAGCAAUCAUAAGAAAAUCAAGCACUAAUAGCUGAAAAGUAAUAUGAAAGUUAAAACUUAAGCUCAAUAAACACCGAACAUGAAUACUUCAGGAUUUAACGCUAUUCCAGGAACUAAUACCACCUCAACCACAUAGAAUUCAAGCUAAGCAUAAUAAAAGAAUUCAACUAAUGAUAAAUAAUCUAAAGAAUUGAAUUUUUAUCAGUAGUCUGAAAAUGCAACUGACAAUGGUACCCUUAAUGAUAUGGAUGCUACUGAUGGCGAAGAGAUUAUUUUUCCAACUAAUAAUCAUCACCAAUUAUUAAAAGAACAAAACAUUGGUCAGUAGAAUAAUACAGGCGCCACUUCUGAAAAACAAGGAGCAAAUAUAAAUCACUUCUAGAAUAACAUUCAAAUAGGCAAUCUCUAGCAUCCUAACAACAUAAUCACAAUAAAAAGCAACAUAAUAAAUAACAAUAACAUAAACAACUUCAUCAUCAAUAAUCCGAACGAUCAUCUCCCACACCAAAACUUAGCCAUGUCCCAUUAAAACCCAAUGAGUAACCCACAAUUUUCUCAACUUUCUGGUUUGAACUACGUCAGGAAUCCAGUAACCCAGAACUAGUCCAGUGGGACCAAACCUACCAAUAAUCUGAUUGGAAAUCUCGGAAAGGACCAAAUUAGCAGAACCAAUAACAUUGGAAAGUAAACAGGAAAUGAUGAGCAAGAGUCUUUUACAAAGAAUAGAAAAGAUCUUCAUGCAGGCACGUAAAAUGAUUCUUAUAGGAAAGGUGAAAGUCCAUAGAAUAGAGAAGGAUUACAGAAUAAGUCUAAGAAAACAAAUCAAAAGGAUAAUAAUAGCAUCGGAGGAAUCUAAAUCGGCCAGUAUGGGCCAGGUCUUGGGGGAUUAAAAAUUCAGAACAAUCAAAAAGGGUAAAUCAGUUCUAAUUUCAAUGAGAUCAGUGCUGGAUUUAGAAUGAUGACUCAAAAUUAGUCUCAAAACUAGGGUUAGCCAGGAGUAUUCAGAAGUGGACCCAUUAGAGCUACUGCAUUUGAUUAGCAAUACAAUAACUUCUAACAAAACAACAAUAAUACUGAUAUGCAACUCGCUAACAUUGGAUUAGGUUCAAAUGCCAAAUAGAAACAAGGAGGCAGCCAUUAGGUCAUUUAAGGAAGACCAGGCACAGCUCCUAAGAGGCCAGCAAGUCCUGGAGCACAGCUUCAAACUACAAAAGGGGAAAACAAUUCAUACACUUUAGGUUCUCUUACUGGCUAAAAUGUGGGUGGUAUAUCAGGAGCCAAGACGAGAAGUGGCAGUCAGAAGCCAAGCUCUGCACCUUCAAAGAAUCGUCUAAGAAGCAAUAGUCCAUCGUCAGCACUAUAGUAGCAGCAUCAGGAAAAGAAAAAUCAAAAGCAGAGCAGCCAGUCCUCAUCAAUGAACUUCACUUAUGGAAAUUAGAUAGGUGCUAAUCAACAGAAAAAUAUGGUUGGAGCUCAUCCACUCUACCGUGGAUACUCCCCAAGUAAACCUAAGUGGAAAGGCGGCCCUACUGUUUCUCAGCAAUAAGUGACAGCUUAGAACUAUACUGGUGGGGGUUAAACAAAUUUUCAGCCGAGCACAGCACUUAUGUCUGGCUACGCAAGAUAAAAUAGUAACAAAGCCAAGUACUGA